AUGUCGCAAGACACGGAACAAGUAGCCCCCGCACUUGCGCCUACAGACGUAGAGGAUGUCCAACUAUUCCGGCGGUCACCACACCCUUACCUACGCCACGGGGACGAGAUACGCGGCCAGUAUCCCGAAAGAGCGCAUAGCGUGGGCCUGGAACCCCCAAGUCAUGCCGACGCAAGAUUGGGCAAGAAUGGUGCGAAGCGCAGAGAACCGGUAUCGCAAUCACCCAGCGAAAGCGGCACCGAGGCAGACGACGAAGGCUACAACCUAGUAAAAGCACUGCCUGCGCCUCCUCUGCGCCUUCACAAGGGACUUCGGGAUGCGCGGCCAAGAGAAGGCGGGCAAUGGGCUAGUAGUCCCUUGCUUACACCUACGCAAAUCGACGAUGAGGGGAGCAAGUUUUCCGACGAGUUUGUCAAUGGCGGCAGCAAUCGGGGGAAGCGAAAAGGGCUUGCGUAUCACCUCGACGAAGAGGCAAGGGCAGCCAAGCAAAAGUAUCUUCAAAGGCGGCGGAAUGAGAUGAGGUCAGCCGUCAUUUACCCCCUCCCCCCUAAAAAAAGAUCAUUGGAACAAUGGCUAAUACCAGCUUCAGCAGAAUUGCUCACACAUACUACCAUGAUUGUGACAUUACUUGGUCUAUAUCCAUUACGACUACUUUAUUACUCUUGGGGGAAACACUCGAAUCUUGCACUUCACCGGCGGAUCCAUGUGCCAGCCGCUUUCGACCCGGCCACGAUACUCUACCCGCCAAUACUGCCUGUACUAAUCGCCAUUUCGCUUUUUGCUUCGUCGCCGAAGCCUUUGCUUCCAAACAUUCUGCUUGGACUGGCAGCAUUGCCAGCCAGGAUUAUUCCUUUCAAUCCUUCGGCUUUGGGGUAUUCAUCACUUCACUGGUUAAUAUCCAUUAUGCCGCUCAUCGCGGCUGAGAACACCGAUGUACCGUCUAGACUGACGGCACAGAAGCCGUACAAGCUCAAACUACCCCCUCCGCACCAAGGGUUGGAUCCAGAGAUGCUUGUCUGUCUAUUUCCCCUACAUCAGGCACUGCUGCCGCCUUUGUACUAUCUCACUACAACGAGCCUGUUGCCAACGGAGCUGCACCUGCUGUCGAUUGGGCUCAUCAACUUAGUUUUAUUUUCCAACUCGCCUCAGGCGAUAAUACUUUGCAUUCUGCUGUGGAUGGGGGGACUGGGCGUGUUUGUAUGCUGCGGCAAGGUGCUCAAGUGGGGGGUUGCGCUCGCACGCAUCCCCCGCUGGAGGUUCCGGCGCGCAGGCCAGGUGAUUCGGGCUCGUCAAAGCUUUUUGGAAAUAUUGAACAAGAGCUUGGGGUCCGGACGUAAUGGACGUGGCUCUGCAACGAAGAAUGGCGACAGUGAUGCAGAUGAUGAUGAUGAUGAUGAUGACGCCGCUACGUUUGGAAAUGGAACCAAAGGCCUCAAGGUUGACAUAGCUCAACGCAGCACUACACGUAUCUUGUCUACGGGCCGAGCUGAGCCGCAGUCGGCAGCCGAAGCUUCAAAGAAAUCUUUUGACAAAAUUAAUGGAAAGAGGGAGGAAGCGUAUGGCGUGGGCCGCACGCGUAGCAACACUUUGCCUAUUCUCACGGCUGAAAGUCACACAUCACGGCAUCGAUUCUCACAUGGCAAACGAUGCCAAUCCAUUGCACAGUCGUACCUGGAGCUUACGCCUGCACAAGCAGCAAUGCGGAAGUGGCUGUAUGCAGCCUACUUUUACCUGGUGGUUGUGGUUUUGAUACUGGGCCCAAUCCGGUAUGCUGUCAGCAAAUACGCACUGUAUGGCCAUGAGCCAUUUGGAUGGGCGAUUAGCUACCUAUUUGGCAAUUUGCCGAGCGUGCGAUGGAAAGUAUUUGAGUGGAAUCUGGACUGGUGGAUAGCACUGCCGCUGAGAGACAUGUCGGAUGAGAUGGCUGCAGGGACACAGGACAUGGCACUUGGCGAACGGGUUGGGCUUGUGCUGCUAGGCGAAGCCAACACACGGCUGUUGCUGUGCAUAUACUGCAUGGGCACCAUUGUGGCGGGCCUUGUCGCAGUGUUUUCACUGUCUGCUGUUGUUGAGGUGGACACGCGCCGCAAGGUGUUUCACGGAACCAUGGUGGCCAUGCUGCUGCCGACCAUCUACGUCGACCCAUGCUUUGUUGCGCUAGCCCUGGCGCUUGUCCUGGCCAUUUUCAUUCUGCUGGAUCUGAUUCGCGCCUCGCAGCUUCCGCCGCUGUCGAAGCCGAUUGCUAGAUUCCUCACGCCGUAUGUAGACGGGCGGGAUCUCCGCGGACCCGUGGUGGUUUCGCACAUUUUCCUUCUCAUCGGGUGCGCGAUUCCGCUGUGGCUGUCUCUGGCGGGGGUAGAGCGAAGUGGGGGAGAGCCGUGGCGAGAGUGGGGGGUCAAGAGUCGAGACAUUAGCAUGGUGUCGGGAGUGGUUUGUGUAGGCAUGGGAGACGCAGCAGCAUCGCUCAUCGGGCGGCGCUAUGGACGUCGCAGGUGGCCGUGGGCAGGUGGCAAGUCACUCGAGGGCUCGCUGGCUUUUGCGGUUGCGGUGACGGUUGGGCUUGUGUUUGGCAAGGCAUGGCUGUACUUUGGAUGGGGGAGCAGUGGUCAGAUGGCGCCAAAGACGGCGGGGAGGUGGGUGACGGAGGCCGCGAUGACGGUGGGAAAAGCCGGUAUUUGCGCAGCAGGAGCGAGCCUGAACGAGGCGGUGCUCACAGGCGGCAACGACAACGUGAUUGUGCCCGUGGUGCUGUGGGUUCUGGUGCGAGGGGUCAGGCUGUGAGGAGGCCGUGGCAGCGGGCGUCAGGUGGCAUGCAGGUACCGAGGGUGCUCAGGCAGGCAGGAGGCUCAACUAGAGACGGGGCUAUAUAUGGAAUGAAUGCAAGAGUCUGCCGACCCG